CAAAUCUUUCCCUUCACUCACUCCCCAUUUGAUGGGUGCUAAAUGUUAGCCGCCGGCGAGCUCUCCGUCGACCGGCAGCCAGAGCCGAGUCACUCGGAGCAAAGCACACCAAGAGUGUUGACCAUAUUAUCUACUGUGAUAGAGAAGCUGGUGGCUAGAAAUGAUAAGCUUGUGCGUUGCAUAAUGAGCUCUAGGGUUGGAAAAAGGUUAAAUGCAUUUCAUGGGAUAAGAGCACCAAGCAUUAGCAUUCCAAAAUAUUUGGAAAGGCUUUAUAAGUACACAAAUUGCAGCCCUUCUUGUUUUGUGGUUGGAUAUGUGUAUUUAGACAGGCUGCUUCAUAAACAUCCUGACUCUCUUAUUAUAUCAUUGAAUGUGCACAGGCUUCUGGUUACAUGUGUUAUGGUUGCUUCUAAGAUGCUAGAUGAUGAGCACUGUGACAAUGCAUUCUAUGCAAGAGUUGGGGGAGUGAGCAAUGCAGAAUUGAACAAACUGGAAAUUGAACUCCUUUUCCUAUUAGAUUUUGGAGUUAUGGUCAGUUCUAGAGCAUUUGAGAGCUAUUGCUUGCACCUGGAAAAAGAGAUGUUGUUGAAUGGUUCAAUCCAUAAAAUUGAAAGGGCAAUACCUUCUAAUUCCUUGGAUGAUUUGACAGAAAUUUCUGUAGAAGAUAAAUCAAAUUCUUCACCAUCUCAUUUAGAGGAUUGAUUUUCUUUUUGUUUUUUUUUUUUCUUUCUUGGCUAAUUAGUUCUUGCAAUCUAGACUUUUCUUCUCUCUGCUUCAUAUUUAUAUACUCAUAUAAGCAAAACUGAAGGAAAAAGAAAAAAAAGUAGAAAUUGGUUUCACUGAAUUGCCAGAGUUUAUAGUUUAUUUCAUGUUCAGUUUGUUUUGGAA